CUCGUGUUGUGCUUAAAAGAAAAAAAAAGGGAAACAAUUCGCACUUCUCAAGCACCGACCAAUACACUUAUUCAGGGGGAGAGAAAAGAGCAUUUACUUUUUCUGUCAAUCGUAGCGAAACCUGGUCCUAGUCAUUGCAAGGGUUGCUUUUUGGUGAAGUUGAGAUGAACUAUGGGAGCAGCUCAGUUGCUUCUGGUGGUAGGGGUUCUACAAGGUCUUUUGAAUAUGGGAGGACCCAUGUAGUGAGGCCAAAAGGGAGGCAUCUAGCCACAAUAGUGUGGCUUCAUGGACUAGGUGAUAAUGGAGCAAGCUGGUCUCAACUGUUGGAAACUCUUCCUCUUCCCAAUAUUAAAUGGAUAUGCCCAACUUCCCCUACACAGCCUGUAUCAGUGUUCGGCGGAUUCCCCACCAAUGCAUGGUUUGAUGUUGGAGAUCUUUCAGAGGAUGGCAUUAAUGAUGUUGAGGGAAUGGAUGCUUCAGCUGCGCAUGUUGCUAACCUCUUAUCAACUGAGCCUGCUGAUAUCAAACUCGGUGUUGGCGGCUUCAGUAUGGGCGGUGCUAUUGCACUUUACUCUGCAACGUGUUUCGCACUCGGAAAAUAUGGAAAUGGCAAUCUAUACCCUGUUAACCUAAGUGCGGUUGUCGCUCUAAGCGGUUGGCUUCCAUGCGCCAGGAUGCUGAAGAGUAAGCUGGAAAGCUCUCAAGAGGCUAUGAGACGGGCUUCCUCCGUGCCGCUUUUGCUUUGCCAUGGAAGAGCUGAUGAUGUUGUGCUCUACAAGCAUGGGGAGAGAUCUGCUGAAAUUUUGAGAUCAGUUGGGUUUUCAAAUCUGACAUUCAAAUCGUAUAAUUGGAUCGGACACCACACAAUCCCUCAGGAGUUGGAGCAACUCUGCAAAUGGCUUACUGCAAUGCUGGGAACUGACGGAUCCAACUCGUGAUCAGCAAUCGACUAAAAAUUUUGGGCUUCACCAUGAAAUGGCGAUCGAAUAAUCACCCUAGCUAGGUGCAAUGAAUUGCUUAAUAUGUGGUUAAAUAGUAGAUGUUGGUGUGGGUAUACAAUAGUUGGAUCGGUUCUUCUGGUGCUGUCGCCUUUUCGAUCGAUACUCUCAUUUCUGAAAAUUUAGCAGCUCAGUGUCUCGGGUUUGUUGUAUUCAUAUAUAAUCCGUGUUUCCUUUGAAGAAUUAUGCGUCGGAGCUUUGCGGUAAGUGGUUUUGUAUCUUAAUAAAUGAGUUGUGGCUUAAUAAUUUAUCUCGUGAAGUGACAAAUGUACUAUAUUAAGCCCACAUAUAUGUGUUUUAUAA